CCGCAGAACUAGCAUAGUAGCAUUGCGUUGCAUUGCAUCCAACCAUGGACUUUCUUCGGAAGAAGGUGUCCGGCUGGAAGCUCAGUGCCGGGGAAGAACAAACCGACGACGAAACCAGCCUCCCAGUCGGGCCCACGAUCGGCAUCUCUGCCGGCCAGGUGCGAGAAGACGUUCACUACAUGGAAUCCCGGGGCGACAUCGACCUGUCCUUUUUAAGAUUCCAUGCUUUUGACCCAAACGGCCACAUCUAUGGGAACCUGAAUAAUUAUUACAACAACCAACACGGUGACAACUAUUACAACGACAGCAGCAACAGCAACAGCAACAGCAACAGCAACAGCAACAGCAACAGCAACAGCAACAGCAACAGCAACAGCAACAGCAACAGCAACAGCAAUUUUACCAACGGCCAUGGAUAUGAAAACAGCGGAAGCAGGGUGGAGACUUUUGUGGACAUUGCGGUCUUUGAGGUACCAGACCAUUGUACUAGUCGGAACUGUGACCUCUCAAAGGUAAGGAGGAGGAAGUGAAGAUUGGUAUCAGCGGUGCUGCUGGUUAUCGUUCUGUGUAGUGUUGCGUCCUUUGGCUGCUUGACACCGUGAGUGUCGUGCAUUCGUCUUGUCCACGUAAUCUGAUUUCGCUUUAUUUCCUCUCCGCUCCCUGAACUCCAAAACUCCAACCACGUUGUUACCUUUUUGUUUCUCCCUUUUUACACGAAUGAAUACCUCGGUUGAUGAAUCAUCGUCACUUUUGACACGCUAAUAAUCAACAACAUUAUCAAACGACAAUACACUGAAUUGACCAUUGAAAACGAUAACGCAACAAUCGCUACCACAACAGUUCGGGGUGGGAGAUCUCUCCCACUUUAACGGCGGCUCCUAUUCGAACUUGUGCAAGGCGGGCCGGCUGAAUCUAGACCACAGCGUCUUCAAGGGCCAUCACACGCAGCUCAUGGUCCCUAUCGAGGGGCCCAUGCAGGACCGCAUCAAGCAACGCAAAACCGCCAGAUUUUCGGGUACGAAGGAAAGGCACUACGAGGUCGUCCUGGCGAAUUGCCACCGACACGGGAGGAACGUCCGCGUGAACGGGCAGGUCGUCUUUGACCUGGUGGAAACCGAAUCGAUCGCCAAUAACCUGACGAGGGGGUCCGCGGCGAUCCUGUCGUCGGUCGCCCUGGUGGUCUUUUUGGCGCUGAGCGUCGUGGCCGUCCGGGUCCGCUUGGGGACCCGAUCGGACUUCGAGCGAGAGUUGUACGGCCUGGUGCCUAGCACCGAUGACGACGGCGAUGUCGCUGGGGACGGCGAGCCACGCGAACCAACGGAGGUCGAAGACCAGUACGAAGACGACAACGACGAGCGGGGCGCAGAACCGGGAGCGGGGAGCCCCGACCUGGCGCUGGCAAACACAAGAGUUGUGUAGAUUGCUCCGUUUGCACGACUUUGGUGAAAGCCUCGAGGUGGUAUGUAAUACCAUGGAUGCUGUGCCAUCUACAGCAUUUUUGUAAAAUAGUAUUGUUUCACCUAGUAAUUACUUGCAAGGGUUUAUUAGUUGUAGAAUGCUUUGCUUGGAUGAAUGAAGCAAUGGACGAUGAUGAAUACAUUCUAGAAUCAGAGCCUUGAUAUUGAAACCUCGUUCACUUCGAUGUGCUCUCCUCUGGCGUUUCUUGCUUUCCAAUGAUAGUGUUGUGGUUGUGUUUGAUAGUCGAAGUUGUUGGAGGAGGACAUUACUACCAGUUGUACUAGUAGUACUAGGACUAUUCCAUGUUUUCUUCAACGCAGUUGGAUUGCAUUGUCCUGCCCCCUCCGGAAAUCCCGCGCGGCAGAUCCCCCCUUUCGAAUUUGUCCCCCCACAUCUUGUACCCAUCAAAAUCCGUCAAUCAAUUUUUUUUCCAUCCCAUUAUCAUCGCUUUGCACCGUCCGUACGGAACGGUACGUACGAGCUUGUACGACACAUACUAAUAAUACGUUGUUAAAAUCAAUAGACGAAGAAUUCCAUCAUUCCAACACGGAUCCAAGCACGAUAGCUAUUAUAAUUGCACUCUUUUGCUUGUCCUGUCCCCGGUUUCGUCAAUGAGAUCCUUUUAUUCUGGUCUGUGCUUUUUGUGUGCUCUCUUUGUUGCAUUCGAGUCCGGACUUGUAUCGCUAUGGAGCAAAAGUGACGACUCUUCUUCAUCGCUGCCCCGUCCGUUCGCCAUGGCGUUCUCGAGCCGGUGCACACGUUUUCACCGCAGCGGACAGGCAAUAAGACGCUGCAUCCGAACCAUUUCACCUGCUGUCGCUGUCCAGUCCACCGGCUUGUCGAAUGUUCUUAUACGAUACUCCUCGAGCGAAAAAAACACUCUCUGCAGCCAGUCCGUACCGGCGUUCCGUGCCUCCUCGACCUUGCUGUCGUCGUCCGCCUCGCCCCUGACAGAAACCAACGCCGAUCAAGAGGAAGACGACGAACCAUUUAUAGAGGAAGACACAAUCUUCGCUCUGUCCUCCGGAUUCACUGGCGAACAGGCCACCGCGGUGGCCGUGAUUCGAAUCUCCGGCCCCAAAGCCACCUCAGUAUUGGAAGGCCUGCUCAAGACUUCGCCCACGAGCAAGCCUCGCCUCCCAAAAUACCGCAUGGCCGCGCUGAGAAAGCUGUACCACCCGGCCGAUCACAGCAUCCUGGACCAUGCACUGGUCCUCUCCUUCAAGGGUCCCAACUCUUUUACGGGGGAGGACCUGGUCGAACUGCAGUGCCACGGCAGCAGGGUAAUCGUACAGCGAUUGCUGAACGAGGCCCUUCCCUCCCUGGGAUGCCGCAUGGCCGAGCCGGGGGAGUUUACACAGCGAGCGUUUGCGGAGGGAAAACUGGACCUGGUGCAGGUCGAGGCCCUCGCCGACAUUCUAGCGGCCGAGACACACCUACAGGUCGAACAGGGCCUCAAGCACCUGGACGGCGACGUUUCAAAAACCUACGAGGAAUGGCGAAGCCAACUGGUCUCAGGGCUGGCCCACGCAGAAGCCGUCAUCGACUUUGGCGACGACGAGCACCUGUUGCUGGGGGACGAGGAGGAGGACGACGACGGGCUCUCGGACGAAGCGCUCCAGCAGCAGCAGGAAUCGGUCUGGGGGGAGGUCGGUGCCAAGAUGAUCCGCCUGAAAGAAUCCAUGGAGGACAAUCUCGAAGAUGGCCGGCGGGGUGAACUCAUUCGAGAAGGCAUCAAGGUAGCCAUAAUCGGUGAGUUUAACACGGGAUUCUUUUUUGCCUACUGUAGGACGCUAUACUUACUUGACUCUUUUUUUUCCUUCCAACCCAAUGGCACACCGUACCGUAGGGCCACCGAAUGCCGGAAAGUCGAGUCUGUUUAAUGUUUUGGCACGCCGGGAUGCAGCUAUCGUGUCACCGAUUGCCGGAACGACCCGCGAUGUCUUGCAGGUUUCAAUGGAUCUGGGAGGAGUCAAAUGCACACUCCAAGACACAGCGGGCGUCCGAAGCGACACAACCGAUAUACUCGAACUGGAGGGCAUGAAACGGGCAAAAUCGGUUAUUCAGGAAGCAGACCUGGUUGUGGCCAUGAUCGAUGUCACCAUGGCCUCUCACGGCAUGGAAAUUGUUCGAUCCGUCCUAGAUGAUUGCGACAUAGGUAGCGACGAUGACGAUGAGAGAAUCAGUCCCCAGCGAAUGCUCUUGGUGCGCAACAAAAAUGAUUUGUUGGAAGAAACAGCAGAGAUGGACGAUGCACAACGGGAAGAACAGGAAUCAAAAUUUGGAGACGGCAUUUUCGAUAUAUCUUGCCAAAACCAGGAAGGAAUAGAUACGUUUUUAGAUGCACUGACGCAGGAAGUGGUGACUAGAACGAGGGGAAGCGCCGAUGUGGGCGAGGGUGCUAUGAUCACACGCGCCCGUCACCGGCAGCAUGUCGAGGCGGCGGUCGAGGCCCUGGAGCGCUUUGCGAUGCUGAGUACACAAGGAAACAUGGCGGUCGAUAUGGCAGCCGAGGAAUUGCGACUGGCGGGCUCGGAACUUGGUAGAAUCACGGGGGCGGUCGACGUUGAAGACGUGCUCGAUGUUCUCUUUAGUGAUUUCUGCAUAGGCAAGUAGAAGUUCAACUAAAUUGCGCAUUCCUUCGGCUAUAUCGAGAAGAGACAAGAUUACCCACGCAACCUACUAAUAACAGAAUAAUCUGAAACCAAAAUG